UCUUGCCCUUGUCCAAAGAGAUCAAUCGAUCGGGUUGACCAGUUAUAACUUCCCAUUUCCCUGUCCACUGAGAACGAAUGGCUUCUAUCAACGAGCCUACUACCAAGAUGUGGCUUGCAUCACUGCUGGAACCAAGCUUGCUUCUACUCUGGGCUAUGUCGUAUCAUGUCAAAGUCAACUUGGAAGCGGUCUUUAAACGAGGGCAGAUCCUCGCUCCACUUCUCCAGUCCGGAAGACUUCGCGAUGAGGCUUUCGGCCGAUUCUGGGUCUCCUUUAGCAACGCCGUCGACUCCCAGCCCCCACGCCCACCAACCCAAGCAGGUGUUCAAAGUUCCUCGGACCUAAUCCCGCCCGUCUUAGCUCACGCCUCAGGCUUAGUCCUAGAUGUCGGCCCGGGAACAGGAACACAAAUGCCACUUCUACGCUCGCCAGCCAUCAAAGCAAUCUACGGCGCUGAGCCCUGCCACGGCCUUCACGCGAAACUACGCUCUAGGGCGAACGCCGAAGGUGUAGGUGAGAAGUACCAUGUUCUUCCCUGCAGCGUCGUCGUCUCAGAACUUGUUCCGGCUCUCCAGAAACAAGGCCUUCUGCCUGCUGGUACUACCGCACUUGACCAGACAACUGGUGGCGUCUUCGACUCGAUUAUCUGCGUCCGCGUGCUUUGCUCUGUGCCAGAUCUGGAACAGUCUGCUCGGGACCUGUAUGCUUUGCUUAAGCCCGGUGGCAAGAUUCUCGUCGUGGAGCAUGUGGUUAAUCCGUGGCGUACGGCGAAGGGAUCUGUUGUUGCGAGGAUGAUGCAGGCUCUUUAUGGGUUCUUGGGUUGGAGCUGGUAUAUUGGGGAUUGUCGGAUGAAUCGGGAUACGGAGAAGGCGUUGCGGGGUGCGGCGGAGAGUGAUGGGGGAUGGGAGUCUGUGGAGGUCGAGAGGUGGUUUGGAAGAACUUGUAUGCCGUAUAUUGCUGGGACUUUUGUUAAGAGAGGGUAGGCUGAUUUGUGGAUUAAGGUGUUGGGUUAUGAUCAUGGUGGGCUUGAGGUGGUUUUCAUACAGAUGAUAUGUGUGGUGAUGGACGUGGUUUGGUAUAAGGAUUGUGUGAUAUGUCUACCUAAGAAGG